AUGCACAUUGGCAUUCGCCUCUGUGGCGUACUGUCAGGAAACCUGCCUCUCAGCUGAUGAAGAUCCAUACUUGCUGUUUGGGACUAAGACAGCGUAUACGUUCGCGAAUCAAGGCAUCCCAAUCAACAGAGCCCAUGACGUACCUGGUUGUCAACCAAUUGCGAUUUGGCUGCUAGUACGUCAUGGUUCCCACAACCCGGAGGCGGACGAGAUCGCCGACCUUCAGAAGCUCACCCAUUUCAGGAAUAACAUUAUAAAUAAUUAUAAAAACAGAAACUUCGCUAAUACAAAUAUGCGCAUGUGCUCGGCAGAUUUGAACUUGCUCGAGAAAUGGACUUGGAAUUCCCGUCAGAACGCAACUUACGCCGGGGACCUCACUAGCGAUGGCUAUAUGUCAACGCAACAAUUAGCGCAAGCUUGGAAGCAAAAGUUUCCCGGAUUGUUGACGGAUAAUCGUCAUGAUUAUUUAUUCAAAUUCGUCAACGAUCAACGCUCAAGCACUACUUUCCGCGCUUUUACGGAAGGAUUAUUUAGAGCCCAAGAAGACACCUACGAUAUUGCAAAGGAAACUGAUGAAAAAUUACUGCGGCCGUAUAAAUUUUGCUCGUCAUGGGUAAAAAACGUCGAAGAAAACAACGACACUCUGACACAGUUACGAACAUUUGAAUCUAAGCAAGAAUACAAAGAGAUGAUAACGAACAUUUCGUUACGAUUGGGUUUCAACUACGAUAUCCAGAAGGAACUUGUCAAACAUAUGUACCAGAUGUGCCGUUAUAAUAAAGCCUGGGAUGUUUCCCAAAUCUCACCUUGGUGUGCUGUUUUUACCAAAGAGGAUCUCAAGCGCUUGGAGUACGCAGAAGAUUUGGAAACCUAUUACAAGUACGGCUACGGAACACCCAUGAAUCAGCAAAUUGGAUGUACUGGCGUCAAAGAUAUGAUGGACUUCUUCAAGAUACACGUGGACAAAGACACGCCGCAGCAGCCGCGCAGCAGCGUGCGGCUGGCGACGGCGCCGGCGCUGCUGCUGGCGCUGGGCGCGCUGGGCGCGCGCCGCGACUCCGCGCCGCUCACGGCCGACAACUACCACUCCGCCGUGGCGCUGGCGCGCCGCUGGACCUCCUCCACCAUCGCGCCCUUCAACGCUAACCUCGCGGCCGUUCUGUACAAAUGCACACCAAACAGCAAUUUACAAAUCAACGAACAAUAUCAAGUAUUGUUCAUGGAGAAUGAGAAGCCGAUGAACUUAGAAGAGUGUCGUGUAGGUCUUUGUAACUAUACAUUUGUUAAAAACCGCUUCGGUCUCAUCGCCGACAAUUGCAACCUCGACUUCUGCAACUCGGCAACCAAAACUACCGGUCUUAUUGGAUUUACUUUAUUAUUUGUCUUUAUAACAAAAUUGCUUUAAAAUAAUCUUGGCAGCUCGUUAAUUUUCUUUUUCGUUUAGAUUUGCGCCCUCAUAUGUAUUUAAAAGGUUAUUUUCAAUUAAAUUGAAAGUAACGUUUCUUUUGUGUUGUGGUUUUUUAGAACGGUUCAUUUGUCUGUAUUUCUGCACGAGUGAGAAAAAAUUAAUGAAAAAAUAAGGUGCAAAUAUAUAUUAUUAAUAUUUUAUCUGUUUUAAAGUGUUCACUUAAUCUGUAUAUAUACAGAAGAUAAAUAGAAUACUUUGUUAAUGUUUACUGUUGAUUUAUUUGUAAAAUUAUAUUUUUAGUAAUGUAGGUUUAAAGAAGAUUUAAUCACCUAAACUUAACCUCAAGUUAUUGUUAAAGUUUUAACAUGACAUAAAAGUACAUACUUAUUCUGUUAUGUCAGAUGUUUGUAUAAAUUUAAUAAAAGUCAUUGGACAAAUUAAACGUAACGAAUUAACCGAUCUGAA